GCUAGUGAGCUUGAACCUUCCCAAAAUAGAAUGAAUGACGGGGGGGUUGGGGGAUUCCUCAUAAACGGCCUCAGAGGGAAGGAAGUACCAGUGACUUUGGAUGGCCAGAGCCUCGUCGGCUUUUUCGGCUGUGUGCAUUAUUCACCCGCUUUCUCUGCUCCUUGGCCCAAAUCGCUCAGCAGUUUGCCCAUCAUGGCUGCCCAGAAUCGUGACGCGGCCGGCAAGGCUCUCUGGCAUGGCCACUGCUAGCUUCAGGCAGCAGUCGCUGGCAAGAGCCAAGCACGGCGAGGUCAUUCAUAGGCCACAAAAAAUGCCGCUCUUGCGAUUCCGAUUCCGUCCAUGUCAAUAUUUCUGUGGCUUUUUCUCCCCAACAGCCAUGAUGCACCGUCACACCCACCCAUCUCAGCACUGCUUGAUCGAAAUAUCGAGGUGAACUUGGUUCUAAGCAGAGUCUCCAUUCCGAGGGACGGCUCAGUAUUGCGGCAAGCCAAAACUCAGAUUCCCAUCAUGCACAGCUGCCAAUGCUCAGAGUGCCAGUCAUUAUGGCAACCCGCACCAGGGCCAGCGUCUGGCACGUACAAGCAAGCUCAGGGUAGCAAGCCUGCGAAGACCACAGCCAGGAAGAAUGAGGUUCCCAAGUCUGCCUCUGGUCCGAGCAGCGCCUCGAACACCGUUAGCAAGAGUAGCAAAACCAAUCCCUUUGUCGACACCAGCAUGAGCAACACCAGCAAGACCGUGGUGAUCGCCGUCAUGGGCGCCACGGGCGCCGGCAAGAGCACCUUCAUCAAGACUAUCACAGGACGGGACGACGUUGUGGUGGGGGGCAGUCUGCUAUCUGAAACAUCCGAGAUCGCCUCGUACAGGUUCCAGCGCGGGGGCGUCGACUACGUGCUGGUCGACACGCCGGGGUUCGACGACACGAACCGGCCGGACCGCGAGAUCACGCGCAGCAUCCUGUCGUGGCUGGCGGCGUCGUCCCAGGAAGCGGCCUCGCAGGAACAGCAGCAUCUCAACGGCAUCGUGUACCUGCACCGCAUCGUCGAACCGCGCAUGACGGGCACGGCGCUGCGCAACACGCGCAUGUUCCGCCAGCUGGUGGGUGCCGACGGCUUCGCCAACGUGGUGCUGGCCACAACGUUUUGGGAGGUGCUGCCGCCCGCGGUCGGCGACGCGCGCGAGGCCGAGAUGCUCGCCAACGCGGACUUCUGGGGCGCCAUGGUCGCGCGGGGGUCGCAGACGGCGCGGCUGCUGAACUCGCGGGCGUCGGCGCUCGACGUGCUGGGCAAGUUCGCCGGCAUGGCCAAGUUCACGCCGGCGGCCGUCGACGAGAUGGUUAGCCGCGGGCUCUCGGCAGACGACACGUCGGCGGCGCGGGAGCAGCGCGCGCAGGCCGACGCGCUGCAGCGCGAGCUCGAGGCACAGAAGCUGGCCGAGCAGGCGCGCAUGGCGCAGGAGCUAGAGCGCGAGCGCAGGGCGCAGGAGAAGCGCAUCGUAGAGGCCAAGGCGGAGCUCGAGCGCCGGCGCGAAGCCGAGCGCCAAGCGGAGACCAAGCGAGCGGAAGAGGCGCGCCGCAAGGAGGAGGCCGAGCGCGAGUGCGAGCGCCAGGCCGCCAAGGAAAAGCAGGAGGAGCUCGAGAAGCGCGCGCGCCACAAGCGCGAGAAAAACGCGCGCGAGGCCGCUGCCCGCCAGCUCCGCUACCAGGAGUCAUACGUCUGCGGCGAGUACGGCGGAAAAUACUGCGAUGCCUGCUCCGGGCGGCUCAGCAAAUAUUCCUACUACUAUCAUUGCUGCUUCUGUGAGAACGACAUGUAUAACAAGUGUUUAGGCUGCGGGAGCACAUGUCCCCAAUUUUCGGCUUCGACCGACAAGCACCCGGUUAUGCUGAAGCGGAUGAGUCCCGAGUCGGAUUGUGUCGUGAUGUAAGAUACCUUGGUUACUUGUUUGUAAUCAGGGAUGAGGGAUGAGGAUUUGAAGGCUCGUGUUCGCCAGUUUGAUAAUUGGACACGUAAUUAGGAUAAGCAAUUACAGAGUAACUAGC